GCGCCGCAGUAGUGAACUAAGACUUGCGCAUACGCUCGGCAGCAACCGAUGCAAAUUUCGGCAAUUUUCGGAAGUUAUCGGUGCGAUGUACAGGAAUAUAUUGGUGUUGGUGUUCGCUGGCGCGGCGCUUGGGCAGAAUUCUCUGCCUGAGGACUUCACAAGAUGUCGACAGAAGGACUCAAAACUCAGCGAGUGCCUCAAAAGCGCCGUUCCUGACGCUAUGCGGAGAAUGAAGAAAGGCAUCCCUCUCCUGUCGGUGCCACCUCUAGAGCCACUGCAGGUGUCUGUGAUCAACAUCGACUCCGGCGCAGGUCCCGUCACCAUCACGCAGAACUACCGCAACAUCAAGCUGCACGGUCUGACUGACUCCGUGCUCACGUUUUAUAAGGCUGACCUGAAGCACUACCGUCUGCGGACCGACUCCAUCACGCCCAAGAUGGAGUUCCUGGCAGAUUACGUGAUGAAGGGCAGGAUCCUCGUGCUGCCCAUACAGGGGAAGGGCAUCGCUAAUAUUACAAUGGUAAACCUGGUUGUAAAACACGACCUGAUCGGCGAGCCGGUGACGCGUGACGGCCAGCUGUACAUGCACAUCAAGGACUAUAAGGUCAAGUUCAUCCCGCAGCGCGUCAUCCUCUACUUCUCCAACCUUUUCAACGGGGACAAGAGGCUGGGAGACCAGAUGAACAUGUUCCUAAACGAGAACUCUGAUCUGGUAUUCAACGAGUUGAAGGAUUCCUAUGAGAAGAGUCUUAGCUCCGUCUUCCAAGAAGUCACCAAUAGAAUCUUUGACAAAGUGCCAAUGAAAGAUAUCUUCAUAGAAGAUUAGGGUUUAUAACAAGAGUCGAAUGCCUGAAUGAAUUUCUUGCUGAUAUCGUAGCGCGGCAUCUAUCGUCAAGUAGCACAAAACCCGUGCAAGAGAUCGCUAUUACAUGCGCCAUCUAUCGUAGCGCGACUAAAGCUACGGCAAAUAUAGAAAUAUUGUGUAUUCAAAUGCUUGUAUUUUACACAAAGUAGCUAAUUACCUACUUUUUAUUGAGUUUAAUUAAUAAAAAACUUAGCUUGAAGUAGGAAAGACAAGUUACAAUCGAUUUAGAGCCUUGUUUAGAAGCGUUUCCUAAUCCAAAAUAGAUUGUUGGAGCUGGGUUUGCCCAGCACACUGUUGGUCAAUGGGAAGUCUGACAAAUAAAGAGUAUUUUCAUCAGCUGGAAAUCCAUUUAGAAGCAUUCGAUUCUUAACAAAUGGUUUAUAAACCGAAGAAGUAUUUUAUACUUAAAUGCUUUAAUCUCGCAGUCUUUAACGUACAAACGUCUGAUUGAAUUAAUUUGUACAGUGGAAGUGGUUAAGUGGUAUUCAAAGGCUCAAUUUUGAUUAGAAAGUUUUAUAGACGUAAUGGAAUUAAAGAGUAGUGAAUAUGAAUUUAAAAGAGAGUCUUUUUCUGGGAUUAAAAGGCUAACUGAACUGCUGACUAAGCGAAAAAACAAACACAAACAAAAUCUUAAAACUCGGCAUAAAAUUGCACUGUAAUGGAAGAAAAUAAAACCAUUGAAGGUUUCAUUUAAAAGACAUCAGCGCGCAUAUGUGGUACAGUUUUAUAUAAAACAGUAUUCUUAAUGAAUAAAAUAGUAGUCUUAUUUUUAGAGCAUAUUGUUCUAAGAAUUCUUAUUAAUUUGACCCCGUUAAUGUAACAGUAACGUUUGCAACUUAAGAUAUAAACAAUUUGUGUCUAAAAUUGUGUAAAAAAUACGAAUCAUAAUUGAAUAAAUGGAGUACUACUAGCAAUAAUGUUGUAUUAUCUAAUUAGUGUCUAAAUUGUAAGAACUAAGACUGUCAUGUUGAAAUUGAGCCUACAUUUAGUAUUUAAGAUCGGUAGAUAGUAUCAAGUAGAAUUAGAUUAAACACUAAGUUUCAAUAACUAGGUGGAAGUGAACAAAAUGACAAGACUACCUUUAAUGUAUGUUUAUAUUUAUUAAACUGCUUUAAUUAGACAAAUUUUAAACUUAAUAGUUCAAAUAAAUAAAAUUUCUAAAAAUAUAA